CGGCAGCUGAUGAGACUUGAUGAAAAGAACCAGAUUAUAUCUCUGAAUAUAUGGAUGCGUCUGUGGUGGAAGGAUCCCAGACUUCGUUGGAACGCUAGUGAUUAUGGAGGAGUUAAUCAAAUCAUUCUGCCUUUCCCAAAUGUCUGGACACCCGAUAUCACAGUUUUUGACAGCGCCUCCGAGACGAUGAUGCCCGGGCGCCGGACGUAUCGCCCUAUCGUGCUGAAUGACGGGACGGUCAUUUACCUGUACCCCACCAUUAUAUCCAGCAUUUGUCCCAUUAAUGUCCUGUAUUUCCCAAUGGACACUCAGGAAUGUCGGAUCAUGUUCGGAUCGUGGUCACACUCCGGGAUUGAAAUCGAUUUCCAACCCAAAAUACCCACUGGCGACAUGGAUUUCUACGUCAGAAACAACGAGUGGACAGUCAUGUCUUUCCCAGCCAGGAGAAAUGUGGCCUACUACAAAUGCUGCCCGGAACCAUUUCCGGAUGUGACGUUUUACCUGAAGAUUCGCCGAAAACCUCUCUUCUACAUCUUGUCUGUACUCUUUCCUUGCAUGCUGACGUCAUCUGUAGCUAUUCUGGCAUUUCUUCUCCCCCCGGAAUCCGGAGAGAAGGUUUCGCUGAAUGUUACGAUCCUCCUAUCCCUAGCGGUGUUCCUACUGAUGGUCAGCGACCAGCUUCCGGCGUCGUCGGACCAUUUUCCAUACGUAGGAAUGUAUUUCGCUUGCUCGAUGUUUCUAGUUUCCCUAUCUUUGGUGAUGACCGUUUUUGUACUAAACAUGCAUUUCCGGACUCCCGAUGAGAGAAUGGUUCCACCGUGGAUGAAAAAAGUCUUUCUACGUUUUGGCAGGCGGUUCCUGCUUCGCCAAUCUGAGAACAAAAUUCAGCCGUCCAGAGUUCGUAAAACUUCCAACGUAAGAUUACAGAAUAUCAGGAAGUAUUCCGACGAUCAAAAUCGAAAUAAAACAGCGGUAUUCAACUUGUCAACCAUGGACCUGCAAGAAGCUACACAAGGUUCCUACAUCUCAUUGAAUGUCACCAAUGAAAUAAACGAGAUCACUCAGUCUGAACAGUUCAACAUUUGCGACGAAUCGGGGCCACUCGGAACUUCCGGGAACGAAUGGCAGGAGAUUGCCAUGGUGAUGGACCGGAUGUUCUUGAUCUCGUUCAUCAUCAUCACUCUCGUUACCACCAUGGUCUUUCUGGGAAUGAUGGACAAUGAAGAACAAAGUUAAAAUGAAUGUCAUAGCAAUAGAUUUUAAAAAAUCCCGUUGAGGCCUAAUAAAAAAAAUGGUUUGUUUUCGCUUUCCCGACCGACCCUAGCUUUUACCCCCCGACUCAAAACUUUUUAUAAGGAUAUUUGAAGGAAAAUCGUUUAUUUCCGUUUUUAUCCGAUUUGGAAAAAAAUUACUCAAAAUUUUGGUCACAAAAACGCUCGUGGCAGUUACUCUUUUCAAAUCAGUGUAACUUAAAGCUGUAUGUUUCCGUGUGUUGUAGAUAUUAAUAAUGCUCUCAUCGCUGGCAGAGGAAGUAUCUGAUAUAUAAUAUCAUUUUUGUGUUUUCUUUAGACCAGCUUAAUUGACAGAAAUGAUAUUAAAAGUAUUUCUCAUUUUAUACCAUUCUGCACCGUCAGUAUCUAACCGGCAUGUAUGGAUACUGCAACAAGAAAAUAUUUGAAAAAAAAACAUUCCGAACGACCGACCCUACUUUUUUUCAGCAUGAAAGCGGAAACAAACCAUUUUUUUUUUGUUAGGCCUGAUUUGAAGUAGAAAUUGAACCA